AUGUCUCUGGGUUUCUCUGCCGAUUUGAGCCCCGUAGAGCUCAUUGAGGAAUACAGUCGGAUGCUCCCAGGUGCUACAACAACCAUCAGCUAUGACUGCGACUAUCCCCCACCCCCAGGCUCUAAGCAACGGGACUGGAAGACUUACCCUUUGAGAUCGGCCUACAUAUCAUCUCUUCUUGUUCUUGAAAUCGCAACCGUUCUGACGUUAUCGAUCCUCCUCGCCAUAUCAGAAAGCCAUGCAGCGUCCAAGCAACAACCGUAUGUUGAGUUACGCAAGGGCAACACACUGAAGAACUCCUUACUGCUCGAUUACAGCAGUAAACCCUUCCUUUGGUCGUGGUACUUGGCCAUCCGGAACAAGCACUACAUUCUGGGAGUCAUCAUGCUUCUCUACCUUGUCUCGAACAUAACCGUGGUCCCUCUUUCUGCGCAUCUGCUCACUGCAACACCAGUCAUCAACAAUUCCACUAACACCCUCAAAACUCUGGAACUAUGGGACGACUUGGCACUUGAUGACUCGUUGGAUUGGAAUGAGAUUGCCGACGAGGUAUUUGCCAUGCUUAUUUUUAAGGCGCCACCAUCAGCAUGGACAGAUCUGCACUAUGCCUUCCGGCCAUAUGGGUUCGACAGCUUUCAGGUGCCUAGUAAUAUCACUACCUACAACCUGGCUGUGUCCGGCCAUCUUGACUGCACUGUUUACACGGAAGAGAAUUCUACCCUACACUAUAUCCCAUAUAACGGCGAAAGCGGAACUCUGACAGUCGGAAUUGAUGAUGCCGGCUGCAAUGUCACAUACUCCAUGACAUUGGACAGCUCAACCUAUUACUACAUCCGGAGCUUGUCAGCGAGAGAGUGCACUGCGAAUGCUGGCUAUAGCCGCAUUACCAUCAUAUCAGGGAUUCGAAACUUGAUAUCCCCAUUCAAAAUCGCAGACUAUAGUGCCGUGUCAUGCACCCCUAUAUACCGAAAGACACACGGUGAUCUUGUAACCCGAUUUUCAGACAAACACAACAGCUCGGUAAUUCACUUCCAAGACCAUCCCAGCCAGUCUGUUGAGUUUCGGCCGGCUACUUGGGAAUGGUUCGAACAGAACCUGACUAGCAUAUCAUUCAGAGAUCCCACUGGUGCUUUAUCCGUGGAUGGGUUCUCCUAUCUCAUCAAUAGGCACGUCCUAGAAGCAAACACCUUGGACCCGUACGCUAACAGGAACCAAAUAUUGUUAUCUACGGAACGAGUUUUCGAAGCCAUAUACGCUGUAGCGAAUGAAGGGCUGGGGUUCCCUCGCUCGGUGGUGGACCGCGAUGAGCCGCCCUCAAUCCCAGGAACCGUCUCUACCCCAGACACGCGGCUAUUUGUGGUCCCCAAGACGGCGUACUACAUCAUUGUGAUAUUGUCCUUUAUUGUGGUAUGCAACAUCAUUUUGUAUUAUUAUCACCAGCGUCACCGGUCGGUGCUAUGGGAGGAGCCCGUCGGGCUGCUGGGGGCCGCGGAGCUGCUGUACGAGGGAAAUACGAGCAGGUUUAUUGCCCGAGUCAGGAGGCACCAUCCGGCUGCCACUCGGAUCCUGAAGCUCGCCCUCAAUGAUCCCGCAUAUGCCUUGUAUACGGCUGCAGUGGACGAAAGGGGAAAGGUGAUGGUUUCUGCGUCCGGUCGAGAUCUGGAUGAUAUGAUGUGGGAUUAUAAGUCUCGUGCUUCGGGAUACUCUGUUUGAAUUGGUUACGGUGCUCCUGGUGAUUCGAACACGAAU